CUGUGUGAUGUUUGGACUUAGGAUAUCUGCUCACACUGUACUCAUUUGAUUUUUUUUUAAUACUUCAUAUAAAGAAUUCGAUCGUGCCAAUAAAGCCAUUCAGAAGGCUGCGGGUAUUAUCGCCCAAACUGGUAUCCCUAAGUUUUAUAUUAAAGCUGUUGCUGAGUUAGAGAAGGCCAUUCAGGGCGCCUUGGAGAAAGAAAAGUCGGCUUCAAAGAAGAUGAACGCCUCUAAUGCCAAGGCCCUCAACUCAAUGAAGCAGAAGGUCAAGAAGAACAACCGACUCUAUGAAAAGGAGAUCCAGGAGUACGAAAAGGACCCUGAUAACUAUGAUGUGGAACAGGAUGAAGAGGAGGUUGUUGAGACUAAACGUAAGGCCAAGAAGCCUAAGAAAGAUCUUUCGGAAUCCGAGGAUGAAGAUGAGCAGAAAGGGGAAGAGGAGGUCGAUGAUGGGUUCACUCCCGUUGGAGCUGGUGGAAAGUCUAUCGAGCUUAAUCAAGAGAAUCUAUUCAAGAAGUUGAGAGAAGUUAUCGAUGCUCGUGGAAAGAAGAACACUAAUCGUGAGGAGCAGGUUCGCAUCUUGGAGAGACUUCUUGUCGUCGCGAACAAUCCUUACCAGAAGAUCCAUGUGCUCUUGAACUUGAUUUCCGCCCAGUUCGAUUUUGCUGUUGGUCUCUCUGGUUACAUGAGCAUUCCUUUCUGGAAGAACGCUGAAAAGUAUCUCAACAAUCUUUUGACAAUUUUGGAAUCUAAUCGUGGCUAUGUUGUCAAGGAGGCUGUUCCAGAGGAUGAUGAUAUUGAUAAAGAUCGUAUUCCAGAGAAUGGCCAGACUGUGUUCAUCCGGGGCUCUAUUGUAGCCUUUGUUGAUCGUCUGGAUGAAGAGUUCACAAAGUCUCUUCAAAACAUUGACCCUCACACCACAGACUAUGUCGACCGCCUCAAGGACGAAGUUGGCCUUUAUGCAGUAAUCGUCCGCUCUAAUGAAUAUUUCAAGAGUCUCGAGCUGACUGAUGCUAUUUGUCGUACCACAAUGAGGCGCUUGGAGCACUUGUAUUUCAAGCCCGAUACUGUUAUUGUUGCAGUCGAGAAUGCUACUGCUUCGCUCUUGCCUUCCAAUAUUAUCAAGCCUGUCAAGGACUCUGAGGAUCUGAUCCAUGACCUGUGUGUCCAUUUGUAUAAGAAUGCCAAUUCACUUCAGCGUACACGCGCCAUGCUUUGCCACAUCUACCACCACGCACUUCAUAAUCGUUACUUCGUUGCCCGUGACAUGCUUUUGAUGUCGCAUUUGCAGGAGACCAUCCAUCAGGCAGAUAUUACAACACAGAUCUUGCACAACCGCACUAUGGUUCAACUGGGUCUCUGUGCUUUCCGUGAGGGUAUGAUCAAGGAAGCCCACACUUGUUUGCAGGACAUUUCUGGGACUGGCCGUGUCAAAGAGCUUUUGGCGCAGGGCCUUCAGGCCCAACGCUACGGCUCUGUUUCGCCCGAACAAGAGAAGCUUGAGCGCCAGCGCCAGCUCCCUUUCCAUAUGCAUAUUAACUUGGAACUCUUGGAGUGCGUUUACUUGACAUGCUCCAUGCUUCUUGAGAUCCCCAAUAUGGCUGCCAAUGGAAAUAGCACCGAAGGCCGUAAAAAGGUGAUUUCAAAACCCUUCCGCCGCAUGCUUGAUUAUAAUUCUCGUCAGGUUUUCUCUGGACCCCCCGAAAACACCCGCGAUCAUAUUAUGGGUGCUGCCAAGGCGUUAGCGAGCGCCGAGUGGCAAAAGUCUAUUGAUCUGAUCAACUCUAUCAAAAUCUGGGAGCUCAUGCCUUCAUCGGAUAAAAUCAAGGAGAUGCUCGGUCGUAAGAUUCAGGAGGAAGGACUUCGUACCUAUCUGUUCGCUAAUGCUUCAUAUUAUUCAUCAGUGGGUCUUGAACAGCUUGCCAAGAUGUUUGACCUACCUCUGACCACUGUUGUCUCUAUUGUGUCCAAAAUGGUGUGGAACGAGGAGCUGUCAGCCAGUAUCGAUCAGGUCACCAACGUCGUUGUCUUACACCGUGUUGAACCAACAAAAUUACAGUCACUCGCUUUGGCUUUUGCAGAGAAGGCUGCAGCCUUUGUGGAGGGUAACGAGAAGCUGUUGGAGACAAAGACUCCUCAACAGAAUGAGCGCCCAAAGAAGGGUAAGUGAUUUUAUGAGAUCCAACCCAAGUAUCUCCUCUUUUGUUAUUUUAUUUUUGCUCUGCUCAUUCGUACUCAUUCAUUCUGAUGAUUUCCUAUUUUGAACAA